UGGCCGCCGGCUGAGAAAUCUUGGGUUUUAGGAAUUAUAAUCUCAGAAUGAAGAGGAAUUCCACGCUCGUUACGCCGUCGCCGUUGCAGGCGCUAUACCUGCCAGAGGAGGUCAACUUCUGGACGAUGGCGAUCGUGGCGGUGGGCACGGGCUUCAUCCUCAUCGUCGCCGUCUCCAUCUACCUCAUCUGCCAGACGCGGCUGGAGCGGCCCCUCCCGGUGCGGCACCACAGGACGGUGCGGCACAUCAGCCAGGGCCCUGACGCCGUUCCCCUGGCGCGCCCCUUCGCCAGCGACCUGAAGGAGGGCGAGUUCCACGCCUCCUCGUUCGACCUGCGCCCCUCCUCGUAG